GAAAUAUUCCAUUUCCCCCCACAGAUGAGGCUGCUGUGUAUAUUUGCUCUGGUUGCUGCGGUGAGUCUGGUGGCAGGGGAAGAAGGGGCUCGUCUUUUGGCCUCCAAGUCCCUGUUGAACCGAUACGCUGUAGAAGGACGAGACCUUACCCUACAGUACAGCAUCUACAAUGUGGGCACCAGUGCUGCCCUGGAGGUUGAGUUGUCAGAUGACUCUUUCCCCCCUGAAGAUUUUGGCAUUGUCUCAGGAAUGCUGAAUGUGAAAUGGGACCGAAUUGCUCCUGCCAGUAAUGUUUCUCACACAGUGGUUCUGCGGCCACUGAAAGCUGGAUACUUCAAUUUCACCUCUGCUUCAGUUAGUUACCUGGCGCAAGAAGGUGGACAGGUUGUGGUUGGUUACACAAGUGCUCCGGGCCAGGGAGGCAUUCUCGCCCAGAGAGAGUUUGACAGACGCUUUUCUCCACAUUACUUGGACUGGGCAGCUUUUGGUGUCAUGACCCUUCCCUCCAUUGGCAUUCCUCUGCUCCUGUGGUACUCCAGCAAGAGGAAGUACGACUCACCGAAGAGCAAAAAGAACUGAGAUAUCAAUUACAGGACAAAAACAGAUCAGGGAUCAUUGCUUGAGUGUGGAGGGAGGGGGGUGUUGAGAGAAUUAUGGUGGGCUUAAAAUGUUGUUUUUGAAUACAUUUAAUUACCCAUAUUGGGGUAAAUGGUCAAUGAUUUAAUCUGUUUUUAAGUAAUGUUCUCCAUCGGAUAGUUUGUUAAAGAGAUCUGGGGACGGAAGCAUAAAGUAGGAUCAUUGACAUUUGCUUUUGAUGUUAAAAUGGCCAUUCCAUGGCGGCCUCAGGUGCACCAUCUUAUUUUGUUUUGUUUUAUUUGUAAUGAUUCUCAAAUGAUCAACGGAACUGUACAGCCCUUCAUGAUCGGUGUAGGGCUAGUUUGGGGAAAUAAAAGGUUUUACAGA